GUUAUAACCACCUAGCUUGACCGCGGAUCCGAACAAUCAAUAAAUAUUCCCUUGUGCCGACUGGACAAUCUUCAAUUACUCCACAGUAGAUACAUCACAUUUGGGUGGCGACCUAACACUACUGUAAUUGCGCCGGUUCCCACAAUGUUACCAAGUCGGCGGCUCAAGAAAAAGCCUCACCAAAAGUCCAAAAAUGGUUGCGUCAACUGCAAGCAGCGCAAGGUCAAGUGUGACGAGGCUCAGCCCAGGUGUGCCAACUGCAGCCGGUUUCACUUGGAUUGUCGUUAUUUAGACAUUGGGCAAAACAUAGCCGCAUUACCAGCGGAAGGGCACACAGAGCCCACACCCGUCGCCCCAGCGAGACGUAAGCGAGGCCGGCCGCGUAAAGACUGGAGCCAAGGCCUUGCACCAGACUCAGAGCAUGCGUUGCUUCCUUCGGAUGCUGAACUUAACAUGACUCAAGCUGAGUUGCUGCAUCAGUUUAUCACUUGCACUGGGCCAGAUCUAGGCGGGUCCGACGAUCCUAGCCACCCGAUCGUCCAGUUCUGGGCGAGAAAUGCAACCCUACUCGCCAUUUCACACCCUUACCUGCUUCGUCUCUGUCUCUCUCUCGCGGCAUAUCACCUGGCUUUUCUAGCGUCGGAAACCGAACCCAACAAGGCACGCUACGCCACCCUCGCCAGACAUCACUUCUCUGUCGGUCUCACCCAGGCAAAUGAAGCCUUAUCCGCCAUUAACACAUCGACUUGCGGCAGUCUCUACGUAUCAACCAUCCUUGUGUGCUUCUGUUCAUUUGCGGCAGGCCCCAGUGGCCCUGACGAUCUAUUUGUAUGUUCUGCCGGCGGUACAUCGUCCCACAAAUGGCUUCCACUAGCACAUGGCGCACGACUUCUACGGGAGCUCUACGACGAAAGUGUCCUAUUCUCCGGACUUACAGCGCCUCUCGGUAGUAAUAGCGCGCCGCCCAGCGACCCUCGUCCGACCUGUGUCUGUGAAGGCUUCAUACUGGUUGACUGGAUUGACCCAGUUGCAAGACUACGCGACUUGGUUAUGUCAGCUUCAACGCCGAGAAAUGAUGUCUACGUGCGCUCUCUGCAUACUCUUGCUGACGUCUACGAAGCCACCUUUGGUGACGAGCAGGGCUGUGUCAAAACACCAUUGCACAACAAAGUAGUCCUUAUCUGGCUUUACCUGAUGGAAGAUGAUUUUAUAGCGUUUCUGCAAGAAAAGGACGCUGUGGCAUUGCUAUUACUAGCCUAUUACGCCCCUUUGAUCAAAACCAUGAAGAGAUCUUGGUUCCUGCACGGGUGGGCCGAGCAUAUUAUUCGAGUAUCCAACAUGUAUAUAACCGAUGACUAUGCUCACUUCUUGCAAUGGCCGGCCGAAGCAGUGAGAUCAAUAUGACCUGGUCGGGUACUUUCAA